CCGAAAGAAGCCGUGCCGCCAGCUGCUGCUUCAAUGUUAUGGUGCAGAAAAUGAAUGCAUUGAAACGGGGGGGGGACGCGUUCUUUGUAUAAUAACGCACUGAUUUAUUGUGAAAUUGUUUCCACCCUGUACAUAUCUACACAAUAACAUACACGGGUACCCUUACAAAACUUCACCAGUCAUGUCCGUCUCAGAGCCAAUUGGACUAAGAGCAGCUACACUGAAACACGAAGUUAAUACAAUAAACGGAUAAGAAGGAUUUCAUAUAAGAGCGAUUACAAGCAACGACGUGAGUGCGGCUCCCUUUAAAAUCAAGAACACGAUACAGAAAGCAUCGUUAUAAACACCCCCUGUGCUUUACCAUGCUUCACUGGGCUCUACCGCACUUUACUGGGCUUUUACUGUGGGGAAACUUGGCAAAUAAUAAAUACAGCGAGGCUAAUUAAAUUGGGGACUACACAGAAACAGCGUCACAGUAUUCAACCAAACGGAAAGCUUUUAAAAAACACAGUGUGUUUGUGGAUUAGACCACGCUUAAAUAAUUAAAAUGACUAACUUGUGCGGGAAAUGAGCGUCUGUGGAAGAAAGUCCCCAGUUUGAACACGUGGGCUGGCGGCAGAUUACAAUGAAUAUACGGCAAUAAUAUAGCGAGGCGGGAUUGGUGAUUGCUAUAAUAGACAAUAAAAUUACCCAAUCAGGACCAAGCUAAAUGUUUAGACUUGUAGUUCGGUGCGGGUUGAAGGACAACCGAGUUGACCAAUAACCGCCGAUAUUUAAAAAAACUGUUUUACAUAAUAAGGCGUGGCUUGCAGUUGGGCUCAGCCAAUAAGAAUGAGAACUCAAGGAGCGCGGGGCGGCGCUUGGAAGGCGGGAGUGCAUUGUUUUGAUCGACGUUCGAGGUUUCCAAUAGAAAAACGUCCUGCGGAGUUUAUUUUUCGGUUGUCCAAUCCUGUGGGUUUUCGCCCAAGCCUGCUCAGAGGGGGUUCUAUUUAAUUCUCAGGCUCGAAGCGAUUUAUUUCACUCCUCCUCUCCUCCGCGAAAGAAACGUCUUGGCGCAGAAAGGGGUCGCUGUCAUCUUCAUCACUCUCAAAGAUAACAAAAAAAAAAAAAACGGUUAACGCAGAUUUUUUUUCCUUCAAAUUUUCGGAGGCUUUAAUACAUUCCACUUACAAUGGCAGAUACCGCAGUUGACACCAGCAGCGCCCCCGCAGAGGUUACCGCUAAGGAGCUGAAAGAGAAGAAAGAAGUGGUGGAGGAGGUGGAGAAGGAGCAGGAGAAUGGCAGCGGAGACGCACCUGCUAACGGCACGGAGACGGAGGUCAAAGCGAACGGUGCCGCUCACAGCGAGGAGACCCCCGAGGAGGCUGCGCCGGAGGACGGGGACGAGGAGGCUGAGGUAGAGGGAGAGGGGGAUGAGGAGGGAGAGGAAGGAGCCGAGGAGGGAGAGAAGGAAGAGGUGCAGCCAGUGAAGCGCCCGGCUGAGGCAGAGGAGAAAGCUGAAACGAAAAAGCAGAAGACAGAAAACGGAGAUUCGACAAAGGCUGAAGUGAAAGCCUAAACCAGCCAGCCAGCCUGCAGCCCCCCGGCCCUCCCUCUCGCUGUGUCAGCAGGGUCCCAUUCACACUGUAGAGAGGUGCUUCUCACUGAGUGCUGUGUCAUUCUUACAUAGAAAACAAAAAGGGUUCUCCACUUUGAGAAUUUGUACAUUUCUGGGGUGUUUUUUUCUUUAUAUGUAAUGAAGCACAUUCUCUACUUUGUUUUUUUGACCAGCUGAUAAAAAAUGUUUAAUUUUU